UCUCUGCGUCAGCUCUUCGGCGAAGCACCAGAUUCGCACCCCAAAUCCCUCCCUAAAACCUCGACGCAGAGAGAUAGAGAGCGACCGAAGAGAUGUGGAGGUUCGCCGUCAGAGUCGCCGUCGGGAGCUUCAGAUCUCACCGGCGUUCAUGGUUCGGAAUCGAUAUCUCCGGUCAUUUCCCGGCUGAGUCCUCAGUAUCCGUCGGACGAGCUCUAGUCCCGACCUUGGACCAUAUUCACCGAUGCUUUUCCUCGUCGAAGUCGACCAAAGCGAACGUUAGCAAGGCGAAGAAGGCUGAUGGCAAGAAAUCCAAAUCCAAAGGUGGCAAUCCCGGUUCCGCCGGAGCCGACGUAGGCGAGGUCGGGUCCGCCGGAGCCGACGAAUUCGAGGCUGCUCGCGCGCGGAGACUGGCCGAGGACGAGAAGAAUCCGUCUCUCGACGUGGGUCCCAAUGGACGGCCUCUCUUCACAUCGACAGCUACCCUUUCGCAGCUCUCGCAGAAAGAUGCCUGCUCCUACUUCAAAUUCAAUGAGGCGGCGCUGAGAGGAGUUUUGCCGGAGGGAUUGCCUUCAGGAAUGGAAGAGGAGUUCAAGGAGUCAAUGAGGCCUGCAUUGCUUGUGAGAAAAGGUUUCUUGGCUCUGCGAGACAAUUUCAGACGCAUUGUAGAUCCUCCCAUGUGGCCAAGUGACAGUAAAGGUUCAAACGUCAGGAAACAAAUUGUCUUGGAUGGCCCCGUUAAGUGUGGAAAGAGUAUUGCUCUUGCGAUGCUUGUUCAUUGGGCACGUGAUGAGGGCUGGCUAGUUUUGUAUGCACCAAAAGGCCGUGAUUGGACUCAUGGUGGUUACUUCUAUAAGAAUCCACAAACGGGUCUUUGGGAUACACCUUUACAAGCUGAGAAUGUUCUCAAGGAUUUUAUUAAGUUCAAUGAAUCCCGCUUACGAGAACUUCCAUGCCAAAUAUUUGACCCCAUUCCCCUUGGAGAGGGUUCGGGUGUUGGAUAUAUGAAAGGAGCAGACACUAUGUUAAUUCCCGAAGAGUCAACACUGUUUGACCUUGUGCAAAUGGGGGUUCAGAGCAAUCACGCAGCUGUUGGUGUGGUGGUUCGACUGAGGAAAGAGCUCUCACUUGUUAAAGAUGUACCUGUGCUGAUUGCAAUUGAUCAAUAUAACAACUGGUUCACAUUCAGUGAGUACGAGGAGCCUGUAACACCUCGUUCAUGUCGACCUAUACACGCCAGAGAACUUACAAUGGUAAACGCUUUCAGGAGUAUGAUGCAUGAUGACAUGAUGGUGGGUGCUUUCUCUCAUUCAACGGCAGUAGGAAAACUUCGUAAAGACUUGCCAGAUGUACCACUUGGUGCCCGUCUAGAUCUCCGUAGAUACAGUUUGGAAGAAGCAGAAGCAAUUUGCCAUUACUACCUUCGGCAAAGACUAGUUCAGCGUGAAGCAUUCUCCGAGGAAAACUGGAAGAAGAUAUACUAUGUGUCGAAUGGAAAUGGAGCAGAGAUGCGGUGGCUGUUCCCCUUCAUGCGGUGAUGGCACAAUUCCGGAAAGAGGCAAACAUAUUAGUGAUUUGAAUGGAGAGUUAGUACACAGCCUUUUUGGUGUGUCUUCCAAUUUAGUCAUCCAACAAGAAGAGAGUGAAUAGAGAUUUAUUUACUCUUUGCUGAAGUUUUUAUUUUCAAUACGCCCUUUGCUUUCAAAGAGGAUUUUUGUUGGCACCAUGUAGCGUCAGUGUACGUUUUGACUGUAAAAGACAGGUUUGGAUGAAAUUGAAAUAAGUCUCCGGCCACGUUGUGUU